AUGGGAAUAGUUGCAGCUACAAAAGUAGUUGUAGGCAUCAGUGAUAAAAACCAAACUAUCGUAAAAACAACCAUUGAUACCACUAACUCAUAUGAUAAAGGAGACUUUUAUAUUACGGAGGCAGCCACUAAUAUCCAAAAAGUUUCUGAAGAAUGGAUGAAUAAAGACUUGAGAGAAUUUGAAGACAUAGGAAAAAGGUUUCUCAUCUGGAAUAAUAAUGCUAGAAGAAAACACAUAAAACUUCAAAGUUUAUUAGAUGAUGAAGAUUUUGCUGAAGGUUGCAAGGCAUGGAUAUGGCAACAAAAGCUGAAAAUAUAUUCCUCGAGAAACUUAAAAGCAUAUAUCGAAGACACAUUAUUUCUGAAAUUGACAGGUUAUAUCAAGAAAGAUACUAUCUCUAAGAAGACAUGUUGA